AGUAUCACAGGUAACAGAGGUGACAAUUAGAGAGAACUGUUUACCUUUGAUGACAAACCCCUUUGCAACUCAUUAACUAGAUUUCUCUGUAAGGACCGGCGCUGCGAGAGGAGAAGCAAGUACAGGGAGUGAACAUUUAAUGGAUAACAGACAAGAAACAAACAAGGACAACGUCUGGACAGGGGAAAACGUAAUGACAUCAAUGCUGACAAGGGGAACAAACUGAGGAACAGACAGAUAAAGAAGGGGAAAUCAACAAAGUGAAGGAGUCCAGGUGAGUCCAGGUGAGUCCAGGUGAGUCCAAUGAGUCGGAUUCAGUCGAAACGCGUAUCUAUCUGGGACUUUAGACCAGGUUUUUAACACAUCCUCCCCAUCUCUCCCUCCACCAGCUGGCACUGAAACAUGAGUGAGUGAGGUAUUGCUUCCCACCAGGAGAAGAAGAGCGUCAGAUGAAUCCUUGGGUUUUCUUGUGGUAGUGUCUGCUGGGGCAUGGGUCUUGCGUGGUCUUCAGGAAUCUGGUGGACAACAGGCCUCCCGAAUGGCGCAGUGGUCUAAGGCUCUGCAUCGCAGUGCUAGCUGUGACACCAGAGAUUCUGGUUUUGAGUCCAGGCUCUAUCGUAGCCUGCUGCGACCGGGAGACCCAUGUGGCGGGGCACAAUUGGCUCAUCGUCGUCCGGGUUAGCGACUCCUGUGGCAGGUCGAGCGCAGUGCAAGCUGACAUGGUCACCAGGUGUAUGGUGUUUCCUCUGACACAUUGGUGCGGCUGGAUUAAGGGUUAAGUGGGCAUUGUGUCAAGAAGCAGUGCGGGUUUGGUUGGGUUGUGUUAUGGAGGAAGCACGGCUCUCGACCUUCGCCUCUCCCGAGUCUGUACGGAGUUGCAGCGAUGAGACAAAACUGUACUAACAAUUGGAUACCAUGAAAUUGGGGAGAAAAAGGGGUAAAAAAAUGUUUUUUUUUAAAGGAAUCUGGUGGACUAGAGGUGGGCAAGAGCAAAGCAACUGUUGAGGUUGGACUGUCUAAACAAUGAAGGAAGGAGCGAAGGAAAGAAUUAAUGACAUGCAUAUAGCCUAUUGACUAUAAGGAUAUGCAUAUAGCCUAUUGACUAUAAUGAUAUGCAUAUAGCCUAUUGACUAUAAUGAUAUGCAUAUAGCCUAUUGACUAUAAUGAUAUGCAUAUAGCCUAUUGACUAUAAUGAUAUGCAUAUAGCCUAUUAGACAAACCAACAAAAUAUGUAAAAUGACAAAUAACGUUCUCCAAACUAUAAUAGGUUGUAGGCUACCCUAAAUGUAUCCAAGUUAAUGAUAAUGAUAAGACUUCAACUCAAUUAGUUAUGGGCUGGACGUUGGCUCUCUGUAGGGUGCUUAUCACACCACUGUAUAACACCCAACAGAUGGUGCUAAAUCCUUAUUCUUGUGGUUCUCAGUUCUGUGUUUUUGCCAGAAAAUGCGGAAGUGAAAUAAUGGAAUUUGAUGCCAUUCCGGAGGACAGGAAUAGGCAACAUUAAUUUAUAUAUUACAAUACAAUAAAAUUAAUAGGAAAUUAAAUAGACAAGCGGAAUAUAUCGCUCAAUCAAAUCAUCACGACAGCCGUGUUGAGAUGGAGAGCCGUCGCACAGUAACACGAAGGUCGAGAAAUCAACACACCAGAUUGAUAAAAUUAUAUCUAUUUCGGAAAGCGCCACACGCCUGUAGCCUAGGUGUGGUGCAUCCGAUGGUGGGCUCGAGGGUGUUUUGUGUCAACAAACGAAAAGUUCCACAUCAUCGCGCUCGGAUUCUUCCACGGAGGCAGAGGGACUGAAGGUGGGACGCCCCCAUGGCCCACGCCCGCUUCCCGGGAAGGACUGCAAACGUGGCUGCUAACCUGACUUCCCCGGUGCUGGGUCGACCACUGUGCUCUAAUGGGACGCCCUGGAUCCUCUAUCUGUUCGAGCAAUGCGUGGAUAAUGUGUGGGAAUACUGGAGCGUAGUCAUCGGGCUGAUCUCAAUGUUCUGUUUCUUGCUGUCUACUCUACCACAAAUCUAUGAGGCUUAUCGCAAUGGUAAAGUGGAGGAGGCCAUGUCGUUUGGCUUUCUGCUCUUCCUCUUCAGUGGGGACCUCAGCAGUCUAAUAGGCUGCGUCCUGACCAGCCAGCUGCCCAUCCAGAUUGUGACAGUAGUGUUCUACAUCUUCACGGAUCUCCUGCUCAUCUCCCAGUUCCUCUACUACAAGAUAAAGAACAACUCAUCUAAAAAGCGCCCCAUGUUGAAGUGGUUGUGUUUCCUGUGGUGUGGGGCUUCCACUGUGGCCCUCCUGAUUCUCCCCAAGUUCAUCACUGACAACAACACCUCUGCCAACACUGAGAGUGCCUCUAACAGCGUGGAGAUUUCUGGUUAUGCCUGUGGAUACGUGGCCUCCAUAUUCUACCUCUCCUCUCGUUUUCCACAGCUCUACAAAAAUUUUAAGCGACAGUCUACAGAGGGCACGUCGUACAUGCUGUUUGCCCUGGCCAUGAUGGGCAACGGGACCUACGGGCUCAGUGUCAUUGUGGUUCUACCAGCUCUGGCCGGCUCCAAACAGGCCUUCAUUCUCAAACAUCUGGCCUGGCUCAUCGGCAGCCUGGGAGUCCUCCUCCUAGACUUCUUUGUCACUGCCCAGUUCAUCAUCUAUAGGAAGAACCAGUCCGCUAAAACCAGCAAGAAGAUGAACGUUCCUGAAGUAGAACCUCUGCUCUGUGAAGAGGAGGAACUGUCCACAUUCUAGAAAACACAUGAAUGAAGGUGUAUCGUUAGAAUACAUGAUUAAAGUUCUAGAGUGAGAACACAUGAAUGAAGGUGUAUCGUUAGAACACAUGAUUAAAGUUCUAGAGUGAGAAUACAUGAUUAAAGUUCUAGAGUGAGAACACAUGAUUGAAGUUCUAGAGUGAGAACACAUGAUUGAAGUUCUAGAGUGAGAAUACAUUAUUAAAGUUCUAGAGUGAGAAUACAUGAUUGAAGCAUGUAGCCUAGUGGUUAGAGCGCUGGACUAGUAACCGGAAGGUUGCGAGUUCAAACCCCCGAGCUGACAAGGUACAAAUCUGUCGUUCUGCCCCUGAACAGGCAGUUAACCCACUGUUCCCAGGCCGUCAUUGAAAAUAAGAAUAUGUUCUUAACUGACUUGCCUGGUUAAAUAAAGGUAAAAAAAAAAAAAAAUGUUCUAGAGUGAGAACACAUGAUUGAAGUUCUAGAGUGAGAAUACAUUAUUAAAGUUCUAGAGUGAGAACACAUGAUUGAAGUUCUAGAGUGAGAACACAUGAUUGAAGUUCUAGAGUGAGAACACAUGAUUGAAGUUCUAGAGUGAGAAUACAUGAUUGAAAUUCUAGAGUGAGAACAGUAAGAGAUUUCCAGAAAUCGUCUCCAUAAUGCUGAGUACCUAGAAUAAUCCAACAAAUGUGAUCGUACACCAAUGUUCCCUCCAUUUAAAUCCAGGUGAAUUAAAGGGGGUGUCUUAUGUUUGAGAAAUGUAAUCUCAGUAGAACCAUUCUCUAUUUCUUUGUAAGGGGGCUCAAAUGAUCUAUUCCCUAUGUUUUUCUUAUUACACUAAAGGCCUAUAGGGUGUGUCUCAGUGUCACAUGCCUCUAGUCUAUGUUUGUCAAUGGUUAGAGGUCCUGUGUUUUCCAGGAUAAGAUCGGCAAUACACUCUGAACUGUUCACACAGCAUUGUCGUCUAGGUAAACAGUACAAGAAGGAAUCAUAACAGGGAUUGUUCCUGUAUGUAGGUUUAAAAAGAUCAUACAUUGCACCAAUGGUAGUGUAUCAAAUUGACUAUUGAUGUGCCACAAAGUAGUGGGCUGCACCAACAGUAAUCUAUUUUUCACUUGUGGUGAAUUUGUUAUAGUUUACCUUGGUUUGUUGUAGGAGCAGAUUCCGUUGUAAUUGAAUCCCUAUAUAAGUUGUAGUUGGUAAAUUGCUUGGAGUGUUACACAGUGUUUAGAUUGUGAAUAUGCAGUGGGUUAAGCCUGAUAUCCUGUGCCUUGCAUCUACAUAACACUGUUGAACUGAUGAUGUGUGUAGGGUAUUUUAUUUAUAUGAUUAUGGAGCUUUUCUUUGUUUGCUUUUGAGGAAACUAAUAGGCUCUUUUUUUGGUGCAUCGUUGAGUAGUAUGAGUUUGAGUAGUAUGAGUUUGAGUAGUAUGUUGCAGUGGAGGUCGGAGGGCUGUUUGACGUCUUCACACUGGUGCUUUUAAAACAGACAGUUCUUUGGCUGAAAUCUAACCUUUAGAUAAACAUCCUCCUUUCCUUACAUUAUGGCCCAGUAAUUUUACCUUUCAGUGGCCACAAAUAAUGGAAGGAAAGAGGGAGGGUUUUUGGCAGCAUUCAGUCACAGCCUUGAGCAUUGUGUUCUCACCCCUUCUCACCCCUUAUUGUGGGGUUGUGUCCAGGAACUGUUUUAUAAGUUGAUGUGCCAUAACUUGGUAACAUGGAGUCAUGAUGAGAGAAUAGAGCUACUGAUUACCGAUGGUCACAGCACUUUAUUAGUCUGUCAUGGAUGUGAUUGUUUGAUUGACACCACAGAUUUCUCUACCUCGUCUUU